AUGGCCCGGGGAAAAAGAAACGGAAUGUGCUGCGAUGGCAUCGGCUAUCUCAUCAGUUUGGGUAGACGCAAAACAUCUCCUUUCAGGAAGCUUUUCCACAAGAUAAUCAAUGACAUGCUUACUAUUGACGAGUUUGAGAGGGCAUGGGUUUACAUGCUUGAGCGUUUUGAUCUGAGGGACAAUGGGUAUCUGCGUGGGAUAUAUGACAAGAGGGGACAGUGGGCUAAGGCUUUCUUCAAAGAUACAUUUUGCGCGAGGAUGUCUAGUACUCAAAGGAGUGAGAGUGCAAAACACAUGCUGAAAAAAUUUGUGCCAAGGAAUUGUUCCAUGAAUAGGUUUGUGCUGCAGUUCAACAAGCUGCUUUUUGACAGGAAUAAUGCUGAAGAUCGUGCAGAAUUCGACACAACAAUUGUGACUAGUGUCAGGAAACGUGCGUGGCCAAUCGAGGAGCACGCAAUGACAUUCUACAUAUCAGCUGUGUAUGCUUUGUUCAGGCAGGAGGUAGACAGAUCUACACGGUACUUUGCAAUAGAAAAAGCAAGAAACAAAGAAUACGAGGUAGUCCACGUAAAGCCGCACAUGAAGCUGCCGUGGCAAAGAGAAAAGAUCACGGUAUUUGUUAACGACUUUGGGGGGAGAUACGACUGUGAAUGCGGGCUAUACCAACAUUUUGGUGUGCUGUGCAGCCAUGUGCUCAGGGUCAUGAUCCAGCUUGGGGUUUAUGAAGUUCCAGAAGCCCAUAUAAAUAAAAGGUGGACAAAAUCAGCGAGGGAUAUACUGCCAGAUGGACUUAAAACUUAUGAAUCGGGCAUGCUAUGCCUUGACUCAAUGACAUAUAGGCAUCGGUAUCUGUACCUAGAUGCAGUUGCAGUAGUUGAGCAGGGGGACAAAGACUUAGGAGCAUUUGAAAUUGUCUCCAAAUCAUUCAAGAAAAUCCAGAGGAAGCUGAAGGAAUAUUUUGCUUCAAAAGAAAAGAACACUGGUAGUGUGCCCGGUGUUGAUGGCGUUCCGAGGGACAACUACUACUCAACAGAGAGCGAAGCUGGUCCACAUAGUGGGUCGGAAUCUGAUGCUAGGCUGAGCAACAGCUACGGGCAGCAGGUUCAUGUGCUGGCAUGAGUGACUCAGAGCUAAUGGGUAUAAGGGCGCCAUCAUUCAACAGGCGAGCUGGGAGGCCGAGGCAAAACCGUUUCAAAGGUGCUCUGGACUACUUCGGGGAGAAGCAUCGUAAAAAGAGAGAACCAAGAUACAGGCAGAAGAGGCGCGCCGACUUUGUAGACGACCCAACUGGUCAGGUGGUGAAGAAGAAGAUCCGUUGUGGUGAGUGCCAAUUGAUUGGGGCAUAACGCCGGCAACUGUAGGGGAAAACUGUGGAUCUGACAGCUGGAAUUCCAGAAUUCUAGUAUGUUUCUUCUUUUUGCGUGCAAUGUUGUAUUAUUGUUUUGUUCUAUUGGUGCUGAGCUGAAUGUUUGUCUGGAACGUUG